CAAACGUCAAAACCAAUAUCACAAAAUUUUCAGUAGUGCGAAUUGUAAUAUCAAAGUUAUCAAUAUAUUUAUGUAAAAUACUUAUUUAAAAUGCCGCUAAUACGUUCAGCCAACUUUAAUUUAUUUAUUGAGAUCAUCGUGCGGUUAAUAUUGAUGUCCGCCUUUUGUUAUAUGGAAACAAUGGAGCCGUUCACCCGUGUUAUCCAGAAAGCGGAGCUGGAAUCCGACUUCAUGUACCCUCACAUGGAGUCGUACGUACCCGGGGGAGCACUCUGGGCUAUAGUUCUGUCGGUACCGUGCACGUUGUCACUCAUCGCUUGGGCUGGCUGCAAUGAUUGCAAUGAUGCGUUCGAGAUUCUACUAUCAUGGUCUUUAGCUCUCGGAAUAAACGGAGUCCUCACAGAUAUGAUGAAACUUAUUGUUGGGCGGCCUCGGCCCGAUUUCUACUACCGCUGUUUUCCGGACGGCGUUGAGACCAAGUACCUGCAAUGUACGGGGGAUGCCACUGAAAUUAUGGAGGGCAGAAAGUCGUUCCCUAGUGGGCAUAGCAGCUUAUCAUUCUGCUCACUCGGCAUGGCAUCGGCGUGGCUCUGCGGUCGGUUAGGCGUGCUAUCUCGACGACGAGGCAGCGGUCUGAGAGUCGUCACGUGUCUACUGCCUCUCAUGGUGGCUGGCUGUGUCGCUCUGUCCAGGAGUUGUGAUUAUCAUCAUCAUUGGCAAGAUAUACUCGUGGGCUCAAUAUUAGGGUUUACAGUAGCUAUAUUCUGCUACCGUCAGUAUUAUAAUCCACUAUCCUCCGACCUAGCAGGUAUUCCCUACAUCGUUUCUUGCGUUAACUCAGCUAAAUACGUCAAUGGAAAACCUGAUUCUCCCUCAAAAGACCCUAAGGAAGAAUCCCCCUUACUGAACGGCAAAAAAGAUGAUAAGUGGAUAUAAAUAUUAAUAUUGUUAGAUACGGGUUUAAAUCUUAAAGUACGUGAGUACUGUUUUUUUAAGCCGGCCUUAUACUUGUAAGUUGUACUCGCGUAAGCAACUUACUGUUAAAUUAUAAAUGUGUAGUAGAACGCUGAUUAACCGAAUCGCCAAUUAUCCGAAUCGGUCCGAACUUACUGUGUUAAACAGGAAUGAAUUUUUAACAGGGCAAAAAAAAUCUGGUGGUCCAGAAUCAUUAACAGAACAUAUCUGCAUCAUCAGUAUUUUUUUUUAUUCGCCCUGAAAUCAGCAAUAUAUGGAUACUAACUAUUCUUACGCGCUUGGAGCAGCGCUCGCGUCAGUAACUGACUCUAAUUGAGAUUUUCAUUGGGAGGUUUUUUUGAGAAUUAAUUUGAGCCGAGACGAGACCCAAGAAAUUCAGGUCCCUGGACAAAUUGUUUUUAAAAUCUUUCAGGACAUUCGAAUAAUAAUCUGACAGACUUCUUUUCUCCUUUUAUUCAAUAUUUUCUAUUUUUUUAAUUUUUGAUGCCAAAAACGUUUCGUUAUACGACCUGAAAAUUAUAAUGACGUUGAUAAGCUAUGACGUCCCGUUCCUUGCAUUCACGUACGAUAAAUUCUAUGUGUGAUAGUUCAUUUUUCUAUAUUACCGGUCUAUGUUUGAUUAUAAGUAUUUUCGAUUAUCCGAUUCGAUCUCAGUUCCAAUUUAGGGUCCGUUCAGAUAGACCGGCUCGGAGAGCAUCGGCGCGCAUUUUUCUUUUCACACAGACCGGAAUCGGCUCCGAUCGGCUGCGUGAGAUGCAAUCGGAGCCAAACAUCAGCAAGACCGAAAAAAGUACGCGUAGUCGGAGCCGGUCGGCUCCUCUUAUUAUUUCACACCGAGCGCCUUCGAGCAUUCUUAAUGACAAAAGCAGUGCGCAUGCAAAAAUAAACCUUACUUAAAGUACUAAGUACCCGAUUUUCAACGUGUUAAGAAUUUGCUCUGCUCUCCGAGCCGGUCUUUCUGAACGGACCCUAAUUUGGAUAAUCGGCGUUCUACUAUAAAACACUUCUUCUGUAGCUUACAGUAAUUUCUCAGAACAACUUACAGGUCACUUAAGUUGCUCACGUGACUUACAAGUGUAAUGUCGGUUAGGUUAAAUAUAUUUUUGAGUCUUAAAUCUUGAUUUUGUGUUUUUUCUUCAUAAAGCCAAGAUUUAUAGCGCUGAUUUCUCUUUCUAUUAUUUUAAAUGAAAGAGAAAAUGAAAUAGAAGAGAGAAUAGCGCUGAUUUCUCUUUCUAUUAUUUUAAAUGACACUUGAAAGAGAAAAAGAUUUAUUUGGCAUAGACACCACUAAAUUGGACCGGAGUGGAAGAGUUU